GCUCUUUCUGGGCGCCUCGUCUUUUGUAACAUGGAAUAAGACAUCCAGCAUUGUUGCGAAGAGCUUAUUGAAAUAAUAAGACUUCCAUUCAGACCACUUGGCAAUAAAGUAUCAAUACACAAGAAGGAAAGAAUAAAGCGACUUCACUGCAUUUACUUUUUUCCGUUGAAGACUUUUUGUGGUUCUUCCGUUACUGUUGUGUAGUGACAUUUAGUUGCCAUUUGUUAAUAAUACAGUUCACUUUUACCUCAGCAUUCAAAAUAUUCACAUCCUAAGUUCUUAAGCGGACGAGCUGCUCGGUGCCUGGGCAAGUACGUUUUCUGUGGAUCUCUAACAGGGAAAAAAGCCCAUUUGCGACUUCAGCUGAAAGUAGUCGUUUUAAAGUUUUGACCCUUUGGAUUACUGUAGAAACAAGGAGAAAUACUGACAAAACCAAAGUUAAACUUGCCCUACAAAGAGAGCCAACACCACACAUUGGAGCUUGAAAAUGGGAAAGCAGAACAGCAAACUUCGUCCUGAGGUUCUUCAUGAUUUACGAGAAAACACAGAAUUCACAGACCAUGAGCUCCAGGAAUGGUACAAAGGCUUUCUCAAGGACUGUCCUACUGGACACCUAACUGUUGAAGAAUUUAAGAAGAUCUAUGCAAAUUUUUUCCCCUAUGGAGAUGCAUCAAAGUUUGCAGAGCAUGUCUUUCGUACCUUUGAUACUAAUGGUGAUGGUACCAUAGACUUCAGGGAAUUCAUCAUUGCUCUUAGUGUCACAUCCAGAGGAAAGCUUGAACAAAAGCUUAAGUGGGCAUUUAGCAUGUAUGAUCUUGAUGGCAAUGGAUACAUUAGCCGAGCAGAAAUGCUAGAAAUAGUACAGGCAAUUUACAAAAUGGUGUCUUCGGUGAUGAAAAUGCCAGAAGAUGAAUCUACACCAGAGAAACGCACAGACAAAAUCUUCCGACAAAUGGACACAAAUAAUGAUGGUAAAUUGUCUCUUGAGGAGUUUAUUAAAGGUGCCAAGAGUGACCCUUCCAUUGUGCGUUUGUUACAGUGUGACCCCAGCAGUGCAAGUCAGUUCUGAUUGGACAGCCAUCUGGACAUUUCAAUUUGAACCCCUGGCUUAUCAUUCAAGCUUUGCUUGCAGAACGAUGCCUUUUCUUCAGUCAUUCCAUGGUUAUUGGUGAACAGUUUUGCAGUUGAGGGAUAUUUGUAUUUUUGGGGAGAGCAGGGGAGCGCUUUUGCUUUCUUGUUUUGCAAUGGAGACACUGACUUAUGCAACUUUGUUUGGUUUCGUUCUUAUUUUGGGGGUAACAUACAAAUAUAAAAUUGCUUUAUUUACACAAACAUGUAAUUUAACUUUUUAUUUUGUUGUUUACUUAAUCUUUAUUGUGAUUUGCAUAAGAAAUCUGAUGGAAGCCUCCUACAGAUUUAUUUCAUGUUUCAUUCUGAAGAAAGUCAAAGUGUUGCUUUGGGACCUUACCUAAUGUGAGAUUUAGGACAUUAAAAUUAAUUCAAUAUUCCCCACCUCCCUUCUACAUGCAUACCCCUGUGCCCCAACCUUUGUCAAACUUGGAGAUAAACAUUUUAAUUUAAACAACAAUGUAAACUAGUAAAACAUAUGUUGUUACUAUGACAUACCUAGUUAAUUUAAAGUAAAGAAAUCUUGUUUAUGGAAUAUAUUUUGUUUUUUUCAUAUUCAGAAAUGUAAUGAAAGAUUUUAUUUUAGAUAAUGUAACUAUUGCAUAAAAUUUUAUCAGAUACCAACAUAAGGUCAGAGGGAAAAAAACUAUUAAUUGGAAACUAGCAUAACCAAAAUAUAGUUAGGAUUAUAGAGUCUUUUAAGUAUUACAUCUUUUUAUUUUCAGUUGUGUACCAUCAUAAGAAAACUUGAUCUGUUCUAAUUGAAGUUGCAUGUGUUCUCUGCAGGAUAGUAUUUUACAGCUGUUAUGAAAUGUGUUCAUUCAAAACAGUCUUAUUUUUGUUUUUGCCUAAUCUUUGAAACCAUCUCUUUUCUCUCAUCUGUGGAACUUGCUUGUACUUAUGUAAAUGUUAAUUUUCAGAAUUUAUUUACAUAUUUGAUGGAAAAAUGUUAAUGUUAUGGUAGCUAUGUGUAAUGAAUGCAGCUUCCAGUGUAAAAUUCCUUUUCCAAUGUCGUAUUUGAUUUCUAGUUACAAGUUAACAUGCAGUUCGAUUGACGAAUGAGAUUUCUUUUGUGAUGCUUACGCAUUAGUGAAUUUGCAUGGCUACCAGUGAUACGUUAGUGUAUAUCCUUUUUUUAGUUCAAUGCUGAAUGUAUAAUUAAAUCAAAUCAUGUUGAUAAUACUUUUGUCUUGUUAUUAUGGCACAGAAUGGAUUAAGGUUAAUAUAGGAACUGGAUCAGUGACUGGAAGGUAGGUUGGUAAAUAAUUUUUUGCUGAGUUUCAAUGCAUUUUUUUGCCCAUUGACUAUAUUUUAUUGUGCACUUCACUGUUAUAUGAUGAUACUAUUCCUACUGCCAAGACCUGUGAUAAAAAUAAAGACCACAUUUUCUUGUU